AAGAAGAGUCGUCAUGUGACGAUGCUUGGGUGAAAAUGACUGCUGGCUUGAAAACAUCUGCGGCGUCGACUGUGUAUUUCUGUAGUAUUUUUUUUGUUUUAUUUAAGACGUAUGUUGGCAGUCAUGAUACUGAUGCACAGUUAUGUCAAAUGUGCGACGGAACUGUGCGACAAGACAGCCCUGUGUGGGAUUUCUGCCUAACAAAAGGUCAUAUUAAGGAUCACUGCUGUUUUGGAAAUAUCAGCAAUGUAGACACUAUUAUAGGGUUGGACCUCGCAAAUUGUUCUAUCAGUCAUGUAGAGCACCUUUAUGAUGCAUCCACAGCGAUGAUAAUAGAUCUCUCCAACAACCCAAUCUUCAAUCUGAGUGAUUUGAUUUUUCAGGGUUUUAGCCAUCUUAAUAAACUUAUACUACCUUCAAAACUGGAGUGUCCAGGGGGCAGUGCAGCAUGGGAGAUGGUAGAGGUCAAACAUAAUGCCAGAGUCUGUGAAGGACAGAAAAAUGUUUGCAAUCAGACACAACAAAUCUCCUGGAAUUGCCCUGAAAACUCAUUUUGUAGGCCAUAUGGACCAGGGUUCUUUGAGUGUUGCUGUCUCAAUCAUUUCUACGGAUACAAGUGCAUGAGACAGGGAGCGUUCCCCACAGCUAAGGUGCUUGGGAUACUUACCGGGUGCACAGUUGUGGUUUCCUCUUUACUGUGGUUCAUGCAAAGACGAAAGGCCAAUUCCACUUGAGUUUUAAUGAGAAGUGACUGGUGGGAUGACAACAGAAUGGAGUAAUAAUAGACAUCUCUCAGGAUGCAUCAAUAAUGAUGCAAGAGAUGACCAAUCAGUUUCAUAUACUUUGGUUAACCAUCUGCAGAACAUUUAAGUUUCUUGUUCUUCAAACCAGCCAAAAGCGGGUUUCUGUGGCAUUUUUAAUCUAGCAACAUACGGGCUUUGAGCACAUAGAAAUUUUGAUUUGAAAAAGUAAAAUUUUUCAAACGCUACUAACCUUAGAGGUCUUUAAAAAUGUUUUUAUUUAUACAUUUUAUAAGAUCUUUAUUUUAUUUUGCACAGCCUUGAAGAGGCUGGUUGGAAAAGGGAAAACUAACCACAGACUGACCUCUUUGAUCAUCAUUGGAGGGCAGUCACAUUUCUGACAGCAGUUUUGAAUUUGACUCUAAACAUUUCAAAGUGUAGCACUGAGAAUUUUUAACACUGAUUAUUUAAUCUCUUUACUGUUACACAUAUUUUGUGUUAAGGCAAAAGUGCUCUAAUUUUAAAGACAAUUCUAAUAUUUACCUAUCAAGUGUUUUUGACAUGUAAAAAACAAGGACCGUGUGCCUUACAGGAGGAGAUAAUGGGUGGUGUUGGAUUGUUAAUAUUUGUGAAAUAUGUAAAUUGUAUUAUUACUGCCAAAUCCUGCUUGUUUAAAGCUGUCAUAGUUAUUAGAUUAUUACUGUCUGCUGUUUAUGACCAUUCAACCUCCUCAAUCUUUAGGACUUCCCUUUUUGCAAUUGUGUGGGGAAAGGAAAAACAUCUGUUUCAUCUACUUAUUCAACAAAAUAGAGGGGCUCACCUACUACACUACUAGAACAAUACGUGAAUCACUGUUUCUAUAGCUGUCUGUAAUGUAGCAUUGUGGUUGGGAAAUCAGCAGGACACUGUACUUUGGCCACUUUGUACUUUAAAUAGACUUGUUUGACAAA